AUUUUAGACUGUCUCUGGAUUCUGAUUGGUUUUCCGUGCUCCUCAUCGCUUCUCACAUCAGGAUCCGUUCCACCUAACGGGAAGCGACGACUGCUGCUAAUCUUUCAGUGGGAAAACGGGUGAAAGGCGAGACGAAAACGUCAAAAAUUGCCUUCGCCUCCAGCCAACAUGAUCCACAGCCUGUUCCUUGUUAAUGCCUCGGGGGACAUUUUCCUGGAGAAGCACUGGAAGAGCGUGGUCAGCCGUUCUGUAUGUGACUACUUCUUUGAGGCACAGGAGCGUGCCACUGAGCCUGAGAACGUCCCACCAGUGAUCCCCACGCCGCAUCACUACCUUAUCAGUGUGCUCAGACAUCGCAUCUACUUUGUCGCAGUCAUCCAGAGCGAGGUGCCUCCACUGUUUGUCAUCGAGUUUCUGCACAGAGUUGUCGACACAUUCCAGGAUUAUUUUGGAGUGUGUACAGAAGCUGCUAUUAAGGACAAUGUGGUAGUGGUCUAUGAGCUACUGGAGGAGAUGCUGGACAAUGGCUUUCCUCUGGCCACAGAGUCCAACAUUCUCAAAGAGCUUAUUAAGCCCCCAACCAUCCUCCGCACAAUGGUCAAUACCAUCACAGGCAGCACUAAUGUUGGUGAGCAGCUCCCUACCGGCCAGCUGUCAGUGGUUCCCUGGCGACGCACCGGAGUCAAAUAUACCAACAAUGAAGCCUAUUUUGACGUGGUGGAGGAGAUCGAUGCCAUCAUCGAUAAAUCAGGCUCCACUAUCACAGCAGAAAUUCAGGGAGUCAUUGAUGCUUGUGUAAAACUAACUGGCAUGCCCGACCUCACUCUCUCAUUUAUGAAUCCUCGGCUGCUGGAUGAUGUCAGCUUCCACCCGUGUGUUCGAUUCAAGCGCUGGGAAGCUGAGCGGAUUCUCUCCUUCAUCCCCCCUGAUGGAAAUUUCCGGUUGCUCUCCUACCAUGUCAGCUCUCAGAACCUGGUGGCGAUCCCAGUGUAUGUCAAACACAACAUCACAUUCAGGGAGGGAAGCUCCCAGGGACGUUUUGACCUGACCCUGGGACCCAAACAGACUAUGGGAAAGGCUGUGGAAUCGGUUCUAGUCAGCAGCCAGCUCCCGCGAGGCGUCCUCAAUGCCAACCUCAACCCCUCCCAGGGAACAUACACCUUUGACCCAGUCACAAAGAUGUUGUCAUGGGAUGUUGGAAAGAUCAACCCACAGAAGCUUCCCAGCCUGAAAGGCACCAUGAGCCUGCAGGCUGGCGCCUCCAAACCUGAUGAGAACCCCAGUAUCAACAUCCAGUUCAAGAUCCAACAGAUGGCCAUCUCAGGACUGAAGGUGAAUCGACUGGACAUGUACGGUGAGAAGUAUAAACCUUUCAAAGGCAUUAAAUACAUGACGAAGGCUGGCAAGUUCCAGGUGCGGACAUAAAGACUACCACUCUGUGACUACUGGACCAAACCAUGAGACUGAGGGGCGAUCUGAUGGGAGAAGGGAAGAUUGUUCAUUCCCUUUGUAUAUGCAGUUCAGGAUUUACCUACAAACAUUGGAGGCUCCUUGUAGCAGUUAAAAAUGGACCACUGCACACUUCUGAAGUCAUCACAUCAAAGCUUUGAUGAGAGUUUGAACCAAGUGAUAUAAAACAUUCUCAUCUCCAUCCAAGCUGAACCCAGCUGAUCCCAGUACACAUUGCUCCUGAUAGAUACUGCACAGAUUAUGUCACUGAUCAUUUUUGGGGAUGCACCGAUUGUGAAAUUCAGGGUCGAUACCGAUGCCUAUUUAAAAAUACAAUUUGGCUGAUUCCAAUACAGAUGAUUUUUUUGUCAUUUAGUUAUUUAGUUUUUGGUUGAAAUGUAUUAAUCCUUUUGUGCCAGGAACCCAACAAAAUGUUCGAUGUAAACAAAUAACAACUGUUUUAGAUAAAUUUGAUUUCACAAAGUAAGGAAAGACACUUUAAUGUAGUUACAAGCAAAUUCCUCCUCACUGUCUAUUUUCCAAAAAAUACAUUUAUUUGCAACGUUUCAAUACUAGAUCUUCAUCAGACAAACUGUGCGGGAGUUUGCUUGCGACCUUUGGUCUACUUGUCUCCCCUCUACACAGCUGACACAUGAAAUAGAGCAACUUCCUAAUCAGUGAGAAGAAUUUUCCACAACUUGCAUAGCUUUACCAACUGAUGGCAGGGAUGUCACGAGCCAAUACUGAAUGAAUCUGCUAGUGCAAAACUGAUGUGACGCAUCAGAUAAACAUCGGCCACUACCAUCAGUGAAUGUCGUCUUAUUCUCCAGUAGGCCAAUCGCAAAUCACUAAGGUGAAUAUCGGCUAAUCUAAUGUCCAGCCAAUAUCUCGGUGUAUCCCUAAAAAUUUCACUCAGGAGAACAAACCAACCCCAUUAGAUGUUUUAUCAGUUUGUGUCAAUUCAGUCUCCAUCAAGUUUAGACACACACUAAAAAACACACCAGCCACAAUCUGGUUCUGUACCAUUUCAUCUGUAGGCAUCAGGUCUGAGAGUGAGCCGUCUUCCACACAGUAUGUCUAUGGCAUGUUUGCCUGGAUAGAUGUGUGCUGGUGACAGUUUUCCACCUUCCAAACAAGAGAUAUUGGAUUUUGGACCAAUACUAUAUUAGGAUGAGGCUCCCCAAUAAUAAGUUGUGAUGAAAUGAGCUGUACAGCAUGAAAGAAAUCCACUGUUUUCAAAUAUCUAGGGGCCUCUGCAAGUUAAGACACUAGCAUUGUCUUACAGCGCAGAAGGACCAAACUGAGUCAAGAAAAAAACAUGUUUCCACAAAAUGUGCUCCUAAAUGUUAGAGCAUUCACUCCUACAUUACUUUUCUCUAAUCCUUAAGCAGAACGAGUCCUCAUUGCAACCUACCAAUGAAAAUGAAUAUCUGUAUUUCUUAUCCUCCUUCUUCUCCUGUCCAGUUUUUUCUGGUUCCUUUCACUGCAGCCUCUUCUGUUUGCUUUUCUGUUUGUGCUCUUCUUCUCCUAGUCCCAAUGAUUUGUAAUUUUGUCUGCAGCACUGGAGUCAGCACACUGACAUAAGAGAAUGUGACACUGGAGCCGUCCUCAAUCAUGCACUUCUUCUGCUGGUACUAACAUUUCCUGAGAUAGAUGAGAGUUACUGAAGCUGUUUGAGCUAUUUAUUACCAAGAAGGUUUCUGGGAACAUUUAUUUUCACCUGUUUUAUUCAACAUAUUAUUUAUUUAAAAAAAAGGAACCCUAAAGAAGCUCGCUAUUGAACUAUAAAUUAUAGCUAUAUAUUGAUGCAAUUGGUGCUAAGUCCUUUGAUCCAAAUUAUCCAGUAGGAUUCCUUCACACCAUCACAACUCUUACAAUCAAAGAAACUGUAUAAUGUGCUUCUUAAGAUCUGUUUAACAACUGAAGAUUAAAAGGUUAUAUUCAGCGCUGUGUUAAAGGCCAGGUACCUCAGAAGAAACGUUGAAGGUUUGCAUUUUGUGUGUUUGUUAAACAGCCUCAAAUGGAGUGUUACAAUGUUGUAAAAAUAAAGAUUUGAUGUGUGUAACUUGUUGUAACUAA